GAAGCAUGCUGGGAAGUAGACACCGCCUGGGAUCAGCGAUGUCUGCUGGGAACGGCGCUGCAUGCUGGGAUAGGACUGCUCAAACGAUCUAAACCAAAGUGAGUUUUCAGCUUCCUGUAGUCCCUUAGCCUUCGCGUUCAAGGGGCUACAGCGGCGUUGUCCCGAGAAUGAAAGCACACUGAUGCCAUGCUAGCGCUGCCCUGUUAGGAACAAGGAGACCACGCCCUCUCGCGAGAGCAGAACCUACCAGUCCUGCGCGGCUCGAAGCUGAAGCGCGUGCGUGUUGUGGCAGCUCUGUCACGUGACGUAAGCACGGCGCCUGGUUGGCUCCAGCCGGGUUACCUAGACAACGGAGCUUGAGGCGCUAGGCAGCUCUGCACCGAUAGGUCUCGCCGAGCUAAGCGGACCGGGUUUGCAGUGAAGGCCGCGCACUUGCUCCCGGUCGGUGACCAGGUCCACCGGCCGCAGAUGGGAGCCCAGGGCGCCGAAGAUGCGGGCGGUCCGGGCCGAGACGCCGGCGCGGGAGCUCUUCCGGGACGCCGCAUUCCCCGCCUCGGACUCCUCGCUCUUUUACAACUUGUCCACGCCUCUGGCCCAGUUUCGGGAGGACAUCACUUGGAGACGACCCCAGGAAAUUUGUGCCACACCUCAGCUGUUUCCAGAUAACCCAUGGGAAGGACAGGUGAAGCAAGGGCUGCUGGGGGAUUGCUGGUUCCUGUGUGCCUGCGCCGCCCUUCAGAAGAGUCAACACCUCCUGGACCAGGUCUUCCCUCCAGGACAGCCAGGGUGGUCUGACCAGAAAUACCGAGGCUGCUUCACCUGUCGAAUUUGGCAGUUUGGACACUGGGAGGAGGUGACCGUAGAUGACCGUCUGCCUUGUCUAGCCGGGAGACUCUGCUUCUCCCGGUGCCAGAGAGAGGAUGUGUUCUGGCUUCCCUUACUGGAAAAGGCCUAUGCUAAGGUCCAUGGGUCCUAUGAGCACCUCUGGGCAGGGCAGGUGGCAGAUGCCCUGGUGGAUCUCACUGGAAGCCUGGCAGAAAGGUGGAGCCUGAAGGACAUAAUGACAGCCAGUGGCCAGCAGGACAGACCCAGUGGUGGGGAGCACAGAACUUGUCGGCAGCUACUCCGCCUGAAGGACCAGUGUCUAAUCAGCUGCUCUGUGCUCAGCCCCAGAGCAGGUGCCAGGGAGCUUGGGGAAUUCCAUGCCUUCGUCAUCUCAGAUCUGCAGGAGCUCAGGAGUCAGACUGGCCAGGGUAUCCUCCUGCUUCGGAUUCACAACCCCUGGGGCCGGCGUUGUUGGCAGGGCCUCUGGAGAGAGGGAGGUGAAGGGUGGAACCAGGUAGAGCCAGCUAAGGAGUCGGAGCUGCUGGCCCAACUCCAGGAAGGAGAGUUCUGGGUGGAGGAAGAGGAGUUCCUCAGGGAGUUUGAUGAGAUCACCAUCGGCUACCCAGUCACAGAGGCCGGCCACCUACAGAGUCUCUACACAGAGAAGGUGCUGAGCCAUACGCGGACACUGCCUGGUGCCUGGGUGACAGGGCAGUCAGCAGGAGGCUGCCGGAACAACAGUUGCUUUCCCUGCAACCCCAAGUUCUGGUUACGGCUCUUGGAACCCAGCGAGGUGUGUGUGGCUGUCCUUCAGAGACCCCAGAGGCGCUUAGUGGGCCAGACCCGGGCACUGGCAGGUGCCAGCCCUGUACCAGUGAACCUCCCAGGCAAAGACUACCAGGCUGUGGGCCUGCACAUCUGGAAGGUAGAGAAACGGAAGGUCAGUCUGCCCAGAGUCCUGUCUGCACCCCCUGUGGCUGGCACCGCAUGCCAUGCGUAUGACCGUGAGAUCCACUUGCGCUGCGAGCUCUCACCAGGCUACUACCUGGCUGUCCCUAGCACCUUCUUGAAGGAUGUGCCAGGGCAGUUCCUGCUCAGAGUCUUCUCCACUGGGAGAAUCUCCCUGAGUGCUGUCAGACUGGCCUCCAAGGGUGCAUCACCUGGAACAGCCCUGCCUGCAGGCGAGUGGGAGACUGUGCAGUUGCGGGGCUGCUGGAGAGCUGGCCAGACAGCUGGGGGCAGCAGGAACUUUGCCUCUUACCCCUGCAACCCCUGCCUCCCCUUCUCCGUUCCUGAGGGUGCUGGUCCCCGCUACAUCCGUAUCACCCUGCAGCAACACUGCCGCCUCAGUGAUAGCCAGCUCCACCCCAUUGGUUUCCAUGUCUUUCAGGUGGACUGUUCCAAGAGCUGUUCUAGAAUGGAAUCAGGUAGAGCUGGGCAGAAGUCUGGGCUUCUGUUGGAAAGGCCAUAGACUGCAGAAGGACAAGCGGGAGGAGAGACUGUACUUGUCACUGCCAGUAGCAGGACAGCUUGGUGCUCAGGUGCUCCAGCCACAGUCUGCAAGCCUAGAAGGUUCCAGAUACUUACAUGGUUGAGGCAAAGCUCUUAGGAGUCUGGCUCAGGACUUCAAGACACAUGCUCUAGGAACUGUACUUUGAGGCUGUUAGCCCGGGGCAGCCAUUGGUAAUGGAGGAGUGGCCACACCAAAGGGCCUCAGCAUGGGGGUUCUGUGAUGGCCCAGAUCUCCCUUACACCAGUUUCUCUGUCAGGCUGCUGUGGAGGGGAAGGUUCAGUGAGUCUCGGGUCUCCCCAGGGCGCUUCUUCAUCACCUCCACCUCAUAGCCAGCAGGCUGGGAACACACUGAUCAAAGUUCAAAGUUUUAGUUGAAGAAAUGGGAGAGGAAAGAAGUGCUGUGCUAGAGGUCAAGGGUCAUGGGCUACAGUCUCCAUGGUGACUACGAGGCUUCCCAUCCCAUGAGGCCAUCUCCAUUUUGGCCCUUCCAUCACAGUGAGCAUUGACAGGAUUCACUGUUCUGGUUGGAAGCAUGUAUACCUGGAAUGCAGGUGACAUGGCCAGGAUAGACCAGGACUUUUUCAUUAAGAAAGUUCUGUUGAGGGGUGUGUCGGUACAUCCCAGAAAGGUGGACCCCUUGAAUCUUGAGUCAGGCCAACUGGAACUCCAAAUAGAGUGCCCCUACCCAGGGCCCAUCCAGUACUCUCGAGCGCUUUUGUAUAGGGGCCUGGUUAGUGUGUGUGAAAAUCUAAUGUUUUUCAGGGUUGGGUACCACUGGCAGGGCCUCUGACAAGGGUGUCCUGGCUCCAUGGCUCUUCUCCUUAGCAUAGUGGUUCCAUAGUUCAAGGAUUAAGACUGUCAGGUAUACCAGCUGAGCCAGGGCAGUUUUCCCUCAGCUGGUGCUGUGCAGGGUCAGGGCAAACCAUGCCACCCUGUAUGGGCCUCCAUGCUGAUUGCCCU